AACAAUUGUAAUCCUAUUUUCCCGGGAUCAUUGAACAAAAUUACAUGUUUAUAACAUUAUUAUUCUUCCCUUAAACUUUACUUCUUCAGUUUCAUAAGUCAUAAAUAGUAAACAUUAGCUAGCCCGUGCUGGGGCACGGGUUGAUGACUAGUUAACAUAAUUGAUAUUGAACUUUUAAAGUUAAUGUGGCCCUGUUGCAACGCACGGGCGUUCUUCUAGUAUGUAUAUAUGUGCACUUGAAAUUUAAGUACAACUGUACAAGUCACUUGGGUUUUGCUUAUUUGGUAAGUUUAAGGCAAUAUUUGUCGCAACACAAUCAUCAUACACAUUGUAAAUUAUAAUGAUACUUUGAGUUUUUUCACUAUGCUUUGAUUAAUAUCUCUAUUUCUAUAUUUUGAGGCAAGGCACGGGCAUUCAACUAGUUUUGAGGUAAGAGACUAAACCUUGUCUUUUUUUAGACAAAAGAGAUAAGAAAUAGACAAAAAGGUGUGCAUUCAAUGUCCAGAAUAGUUAGUAUGGCCAAAAAAAGAACUAAGCCACACCUUAAUUCCAUCUCUCUUCUCUUGGCAAAGAGGCACCGCUAUUCCCUCCACACCACACAGCCUAUUCUCCUCGAAAACAAAACCAAUCACCGACUACUUCGCCAACGUCGUUUCCAACAUUAACCCCAUGGGCAUUCGAUUGCACGACAUAUAAUGCAAAUAGAACGGCCAAGAGCUAAAAUCAUGAGCAGCAGGGUGGAUGAGUCGGAGCUAAGGAAGGUCUUCCAGAUGUUCGACAAGAAUGGUGACGGCCAGAUCACCAAGAAGGAGCUAGGUGAGUUGCUCAAGAACCUAGGGAUCUACAUCGCGGACGACGAGAUGGACGCAACCAUGGCCAAGAUUGAUACCAACGGUGAUGGCUGCAUCGACGUCGAGGAGUUCGGCCUACUAUAUCGCUCCAUCCUCGAUGAAGGCGAUGGGCCUAACGGUGGCAACAUGGGCGACGAGGAGGAGGAGAUGAGGGAGGCGUUCGGUGUCUUCGACCAGAACGGUGACGGCUACAUCACCAUUGAAGAGCUGCGGUCCGUGCUGGCAAGCCUCGGCCUCAAGCAGGGUCGCACCGUUGAGGAAUGCCGCCAGAUGAUCAACAAGGUCGACGCCAAUGGCGACGGCCGCGUCGACUUCAAGGAGUUCAGCCAGAUGAUGCGCGGUGGCGCGGCCAAUCGUGAGGAUUGACUUUAUUGCAUGGGAAUGGUUCAUUGUGGUACUAUUGGUAGUUGUAGAUAAUUAAUUGACUUUAACAUGCCAAUGAUUCAAUGUGGAUUGUAUACAUAAAUACAAAUACAUGAGUAUGAAACGACCAA